CUGAGCUGGAACAGCCAGUGGCUGGAAAAGCUACACUUCAUGGUAGACAUGACAGCGCACCUGAACACGCUGAACACAGCUCUUCAGGGGAAAGGACGUACAGCCCUGCACAUGUUGGAGGAUGUUUUGGCAUUCGAGCGCAAGUUGACAGUGCUUGCCAGAGAUUUACAGAAAGGCACUUUGUCUCACUUCCCCAAUUUGAGAGAGUUCAAACAAGGUCACGACAUGAUAAUUUCGGAGUAUUUACAUUCUGCAAUCAUCGCAAUGCAAACAUCGUUUGGGAAACGCUUCUGUGAGUUCAGAGAGGAAAAAAACACAUUAUCCUUCCCGGUCACUCCCUUAAGCAUCGAUCCUUCCCUACUGAAUACGACUGCAUUGGCAGGUGUGAGUCAACCUGAUCUUGAGAUGGAACUGGCCGACAUAGCCGACAAAGACAUAUGGGUGUCCAAGUUUAGACGCUUGACAGCAGACCUUGAAGAUGUUGCCCGUCAGAAGGCCGUUCUUGCUCAGAAACACAAAUGGAGUGAUAUUGAAAACCUCACAGAUGACAGCUUGCGAUCCUGUGUAAAGAUGAAGGUGACAUCAUACAGCCCUGAUGUGCAGACGCUGUGCGCUGAGGUCCAGGAGCAGAAAUCCCAUUAACCAAGAUGACAGCUGGCUGACGUUAUUUUUGGUUUGCUGCUGGUGGAAAAUUUAAGUUCGGCGUUUUUCAUAAAUACAAGAAGGACUCAAAUAGACAUUGAAUAUUUUACUUAAAAGUAACUUUCAACCCAACGUCUUUUUUUCGGAGUUCAAAAUGUUUUUGUUGCAUGCAGAAAUGUAAUUUCGUUUUCUCUGCAGGAGUUCAUCAAUUUCAUAAAUGCAACACAUUAUAGUUUGUUUAUACAUAGCAUAAAGGCAAAAAAAACGUUG